CAAGUAACACAAAGAAAGCAAGGAAUAGUAUACUCUUGUACAUGUUAUAUUACAAAACUAUAUACAUUACUAUACGUUCAUGCAGCUCAAGUUUGGAAUAAUUGGAAAUGAUCAAACAAGUAAAGCAACCCAACUAUAGAGCUUGAUCAUGAGGAAAACAUGGAAACCACGUCACGCAAUUAUACAAGCAAAUUAUAUAUAGCUUCCGCAUGCAGAUUGCAUUCAAAUUGUGCAAAUUAUAACAGGGUCUAUCACAUUUCUUUAAUACCAAUUUCUUACAAUCUUAAGUUUUCUAUUAGUUGAGUUUGUUCGUCCUUAAUGGCCAAUGCUGGAGGUACACCAAGACUUAGAGUAACAAGAGCUGCAGCACGCACUGCACUUGUUGAAGAGAUUGUACCUAGUUCUGGAUGGUCAGAGGACUCUACCGGCCAUUAUCUUAUAGUGGAUCUUUCUGAAUUCAAGAAGGAAGAUGUGAAGCUUCAGGUUGAUAGCAGUGGCCGUAUUGUUGUUAAGGGAGAGAGGCAAGCAAGUGAGCUGAAACGUGUUCGUUUUCAUCUGAGUUUUCCUGCACCAUCGAAUUCUGAGGUCGAUAAAAUAGCUGGAAAAUUUGAUGGGGGGAUACUUUACGUGACUCUCCCCAAGCAAAUUGUACAGGAGAACAAGGAGAGUGACCAUGAGGAAGCAGGGAAUGACAGUGUUGAAAGAGCAGAAGAAAAUGAUAGCCAUACAACCAAUGCAAAUGAUGAGGGGAGAGAUCUUAAUCAACACUUCGGCCAUGCUCAUGACGAGGGGAGAGAUUUUAGUCAACACGUCGGUCAUGCUCAUGAUGAGGGGAGAGAUUUUAAUCAACACGUCAACCAUGCUCAUGAUGAGAGGAGAGAUUUUAAUCAACUCGGCCAUGCUCAUGGUGAGGGGAGAGAUUUUAAUCAACAGGUCGGCCAUGCUCAUGGUGAGGGGAGAGAUUUUAAUCAACAGGUCGGCCAUGCUCAUGGUGAGGGGAGAGAUUUUACUCAACAGGUCGGCCAUGCUCAUGAAGAACACAAAGAAGAAAGAAAAGAAAAUGUACACAUGGGGAACUUUUCUGGACAAGUAAUAAGGAAGUGGGAUCAAGAAACCAUGUUAAGAGGUGCAAUGGAUGUUUUAUGGAAAAACAGAGAAAUUGUGGUAACUGCUGUUAUAGCCUUCUCCUUUGGGAUGUAUGUAUCUAGUAAAUUCCAAUCUUCAGAAGCACUAUAAGAAGUCCUUUGACCUGCAUCCAGUAUUGCAUAUCCACCAUUAAGUGCCUUUCAUAUGUAUCUAUAGAACUAAGUAUCAUGAAGAUAUUCAAACAUUAAACAUAUAUCUAAUGUAUCCUUCUUUGUUUCCAAUCUUAACAUCUACUUCUGUUAUA